GAAAAGGCCAAAGACAUUCAGUUUUUCCGUGAAACGUCUGAUGCUCAAUUUGAUUCCAGUAAUGAAAAAGUACAUGUGGAUGUUCCUUUUAGAGAUAUUGGAUUCUUUGAUUUGCCAUUUUUAGUUAUAACUAUGUCUGAUGUAGAAGUAGUGAACUUGGAAAGAAUACAACAUGGAUUUAAAAAUUUCGACAUGGUGUUAAUUUUCAAAGAUUAUACACGCCCACCAAUACAUAUUAACACCAUUCCAAUGCAUCAAUUAGAAGGUGUAAAGGAAUGUAUGGAUUUUCAACAGAUUAAUUUAAAUUGGGCACAAAUAAUGAGAUAUAUUAACAAAGAUCCAGUAGGAUUUUAUAAUAAUAGUGGCUGGUCAUUUUUACAUGAAAAGGAUUCGGAUUUAAAUUCCAUUAUCAUUAUUAUAGAUAACGUUUGGAAUUCAUUUUAUUAUUUCAUUAAUAAAAUCAAUAAUAAUUUACAGAGUAGCAGCGAUGAUUAUGAAGAAUCAGGAGGAAGUUAUGAAUCUGGUGACGAGGGAAAACGAAAACAUUCCAUCGAUGCUAUUACAAGCACAAAUAAAAAACUUCAUAUAUGA